UUAUCUGGAGAUGAUCCCUUCGAACACACCUGGCAAAGAUUCGAAAUAAAAAGCUUCCUCGCGUGAUAUAUAGUUGAGCACGUAAGUGUGCUCUCGAGCUAUUUUACCUGGAGAAACCGUAAGCUAAGUUUAGCAGAUAGAGAGGAUGGACUUACUGAUCUUGAUGUUGGGGUUCUACCUCUCCUGGGGGCUGCUCCGAGCCCUCCUCUACAUUGUAAACAAAGGUAAAUCGGGCAAAGUUGGGAAGCUGCCUCCAGGUCCGAGGCCGCUCCCGGUGAUUGGGAACCUUCUCGAGCUCGGGUCUCUACCCCACAGGUCCCUGACCAAGCUUGCUAGUGCCCACAGUCCAAUCAUGAGCCUCAAACUGGGCUCCAUCACCACUGUGGUCGUCUCCUCAGCCUCAAUGGCUCGAGAGAUCCUCCAGACCCACGAUGUUUCCUUCUCCAAUCGCCUUAUUCCCGAUUCCUCUACCCCGUUCCGCCAUCAUGAGCAUGGGCUGCCUUGGGUCCCUGUCUCUCCGCUCUGGAGGAACCUCCGCCGGAUUUGCAACGUGCACCUGUUUGCACCCAAGGCCCUUGACUCUAACCAACACCUCCGCCACCAAAAAAUCCAGGAACUCUCGGCUUAUGUCAAGAAGUGCAGUGAGACAGGAAGCUCGGUGAACAUUGGCGAGGCAGCAUUCAGGACUUCACUCAACCUGCUGGGAAGCACGAUCCUCUCCAUGGACCUAGCAGAUCCUACCUCGGAGUCAGCCAAGGAAUUCAAGGAGUUAGUUGGGCAGAUCAUGGUGGAAGUAGGGAAGCAGAACGUGGCGGACUACUUCCCGGUUCUUAAGUGGCUGGACCCACAGGGUGUGAGGCAAAGGAUGACUAGUUACGGCAGACGGAUGCUCGAUAUUUUCGGUACGAUCAUCAAAAACAGGUUGCAGCACCAGAAUGUCUCUGGAUUUGGGAGGAAGAAUGAUAUGCUGGAAACUCUUCUUGACCUUAGCAAAGAUAAAGAGGAGGGCUUGGACCUCGUUCUAAUUGAGCACCUGUUUUUGGAUCUGUUUGGUGCGGGGACUGAUACCACUUCAAGCACAUUGGAGUGGGCGAUGGCUGAGCUGCUUCGUAAUCCUGAGAAGUUAUCCAAAGCACAGGCCGAGCUCGAACAGGUGAUCGGCAGGGGCAACCCUGUCAAAGAAUCUGACAUUGCACGACUGCCAUAUAUACAGGCUACAGUGAAGGAGACCUUCCGGAUGCACCCAGCCGCCCCACUGCUACUCCCCCGAAGAGCCAGAGCCACGGUGCAGGUUGGCGGCUACACCAUACCGGAGGGCGCACAAAUCUUAGUCAAUGUCUGGGCUGUAGGCAGAGAUACUGCCACGUGGAAAAACCCGGACGAGUUUAUUCCAGAGAGGUUCCUGGGACUGGACAUGGAUGUCAAGGGACGGAACUUUGAGCUCUUGCCAUUUGGCGGAGGGCGGAGAAUAUGCCCGGGCACGCCAUUGGCCAUAAGAAUGCUGCAUUUGAUGCUUGGUUCGCUCCUUAACUUCUCCAAUUGGAGGCUCGAAGAUGGUGUUUCUCCAGAAACCAUGGAAAUGGGAGAGAAGUUCGGGAUCACUUUACAGAAGGCACAACCUCUCCGAGCCGUGCCUUUACGAAUCGAGAUAUAAUAUCUUGAAUGAGAAACUUAUAUAAUUACUUAUAGUUCGACUCUGAGCCCACAUAUCCUUAAGAUACACAUAGCAGAGGACAUCAGAAUAGGCAGAGUCUCGUCUGAUCAGAGUAUAACUGAUCUUGUCUGCUAUGUCAAUUGGUUAUAUUAAUAUUCUGAUCUUGUCUGCUUUGUGAACCAAUUCAUUUUGGUUACUCAAUGAGCUAGAUUCAGCACCCAGUAAAUAUUCUGAUUUCGGGCAGUUCAUCUUUUGUUAUGCAAUCAAUUAAGCACCACCCAGUUUUCAUUCU